AUGCGCACGCAUCCUACGUUUUACGUUGGUCGUCUCCGCCCGUACCAUCAGUACGAGUUCGUUUGGAGAUGCGAAGAACACACCCGCGGUCAAGAGCCGAGACCACCUUCGAGUGUUCCCGUUUCAACAAGCCAGUCUGGUCGAAGAGCGAAGCGACCUGUUCACGCAGCCCAGCGAUGUCUCGACGAGCAGCAUCCAGCUCAUCACGAAGAGAACGAGUCGAACGUUCGUUCUCAAGUUGCGCGAACGCAAAAGCGGCACGAUCAUCCGAACGUCGUGCGUUAG